AUGGGCUGUGGGGCGAGUAAGGUUCAACCGCAAGGAGAGCCGCUCAGAGUAACGGCAGACUGGAACCCUGGAACCGGAGAUCGUCCUUUCACUCUGGGCCAGACGAAACCGACAGCGAUAAUGCGUCACGCCGAAACCCAGGCCGCAAUGCAAGACGUCCAGGAUCGCAGCGCACAGGUGGACUAUCCAAGUUCCUACUCAUCCGAUGACGACAUGGACGAAACGAUGUCCUGUGCCGAGGAGAGCUGGUGUGCUCAGCGUGUGCACUGGGUGGAAGAAAUCGUUACCACGACCCAUCUCCAUUUGAAAGACAUAGGAAUCAUCGACGCGGCGGUGCAGACUCUACGUCAGGACGAUUAUUCAUCGAACAAGAAAAUACAAACACUAUUGCACCGACACGAGAGGACCGAAAUCGAGCCUUUUGAAUCGAAGCGAACCGAAGACUCUCAGCUGACUCGCAGGACCCCCGAAGACACGGUCAAUACUUUCACGGAAGAUACCGAUGAUAAGGAGAAUGUUCCAGACGAGGAAUCUGAGAGCGACCUGAAAAACAGGAAAUCGAUGAACGAAAUCACCGAAAUUCCUGUUGGGCAGAAGUGGACAGCCAGCGAAGAGGACUUGUCCAAAUGGGUGACUUCAGACUUCAAGGGUCAAACUGAGCCCAUAUCGAGAGCCCCCGCCGCAAACGCUUUUGGAAUGACCGAAGAUGAAUUGCAUUUCAUACAGCAGGAACUGGAUCACGCCCAUGACAGCAUGUCACAAAGCAGUGCCCAUGACAGUUUGAACGGCAGUGGUGUCAAAUCGCCCGGCCGGAAGCCAGACGAAGAUUGUCUUGAGAAGACGGUCGUGUGUGGAAGUUCCCGGGCUGGAACACUGUCUUCGAUGAGCAAUCCAUUGGCAACUAUCAUUGAGAAACGCGAAAUCGCGGUUCAAACAUUGAACGAUGUGACAACCGACGAAUCGGCCGAGUUCGCUGCUCGGCCUCCCCCGUGUAAAAAGAAGGAGCUGAUUCCGAUGGCAGGCAUCUUCAACGACAUCGAUAAGAGCGUUAGCCAAGUGCCACCCGAUGUCGUAGACGGCGGUAUAGCGAGCCUCGUCAAUCACCUUAUGUCGAAAUGUAGGAGCGACCUAUUCAAAGUUCGUGCCAUUUUCCGCUGGAUUACGAAUAAUAUCUCAUUCGAUUGGAAGUUCAUCGAUGAAAAACUAGAACCUGAAGAUGUUCUUCGGACGAAACAAGGAGUCUGCAGGGACUACUGUAGUUUAUUCUGUGAGAUGUGCAAACAUGCUGGAAUCCGCGUAAAGCAGAUCCAAGGAUUCGCAAAGGGUCAUGACUACAGACCUGGGCACCAGUUCUCGCCGGGAGCGGAUGUCCCGCACGCGUGGAAUGCUGUGUUCCUCUUUGGCUGUUGGAGAUUGAUCGACGUGACAUGGGGGACAGGAUUCACAGAUCACACGGGAGUUUUUCAGCGCAAGCUCAACGAACACUUUUUCCUCACCGACCCAGAGGUUUUCAUCUGGACUCACUUUCCCUUUGACGAUCUGGAGGCCCAUUAUGAAAGAUGGCAACUCCUGGACGUUCCAAUGACCCUGGAAACAUUUAACUCGCUGCCGAAGGUGACGCCGCAUUUUUAGUUCUCGAUGAAAAUCCGUUCCAAGGUGCAAAACCCAUUAGAGUUUCGGGUGCGAACCGACAUACGAAUCGCUAGCCACGAUCACAUGCGAUUCAAGUUCAAAUUAUAUCCCGCCGAAGAAGUGGAGAACUCUACUUUGAACAAUUACGUUUUCUGUCACUUGGUGGAAGACCGCUUAGUCAGCUGUUUCGGGAUUACCCCCCCUACCGAGGGCCGUUACUAUUUUAAGGUGUACGCGAGACCAGAGCGAGAUAUGGGAAGAGACGACGCAUCGCUACAAAAUGUUGCCAUAUUCCUCCUGAACUGCACACGGGCCCGUAAAUACCUCAUCCCGUACCCUUCGAAUGAAGUUCCCUGGGGACCGACGCAAACGUUCUUCGAUUACAACAUGAAACUAGUUAAUCAGAACGGGCCGGUGAUCGUCAGUUGGGGCGGUAAAAGGAAGCUUCAGAUCGAUCUCAAUGAGGCUAUGCUCAUCACGCACCAAGUUCUCGACGCCGAUGGUCAAGAGAUCGACACAACAGGUAUGCUCUCCCGGGAAGACAAAGAUAAACGCAUCACCUUCGUGCUGACGCCAGUUCGGGUCGGCUACUUCAAAUUGGUGAUAUUCGGAAUGCCGAAACCUAAGCAAAAGGGCAAGUGGCGCUUGCCGCUCAUCGCGACAUUCCUCAUCGACUGUAAACUCACCAGUGAUCGUGAUCGCCGUAGAAAACAGAGCACCGCCGAGAUUUUAGUAAGCUCUACCUCUCCGAUCACAGCGGGCUAGGCCUGAAACUCGUCUUCGACGAAGAAUUGCGAUUGGCUCACCAUCGAAGACCCGGCGACCCGGAUCCCGACGAUGAGACGGACGAGAAAGACGGCAAGAAGAAAAAGAAGAAGAAGUAGUCAACGAUCUCAACAGUAUUGGUGCCGUGAGGCUGCCCGGCCACAUAUCCGGAA